AUGGCUCCAGCUCCUGCUCCAGCAUCUACUGCUCCAGCUGUUGCUGCUCCGGCUGCUGCUGCUCCUGCUCCAGCUGCUGCUCCAGCUGCUCCUGCUCCAGCUGCUGCUGCUCCUGCUCCAGCUGCUGCUGCUCCUGCAGAGGGGGCUGAAGAUGAGAAGGCCCCUACUCCUCCUCCUCCACCCGUUGUCUACUUCCGUUGCACAGAUGACACGCUCAGAAGUGUGAUCAAGAAGUUAAGAGAGCGGACAGAGAUCCUCAAAGAGAAAGCCACAGACCCUUACGCCACUUCGCCAGAGAUCACCCCGCCCGUCACGCCUAUUCUGAAGAAGGAGGACUACAUCAGACUGAAGGAAGAGGAGCGAAUAGCAAAAGAAGAAGCGGAUAAAAAGAAGGCAGAACAGGCAGCCAUAAAGGCAGAGGAGAAGAAGAUAAAGGACGAGGAGAAAAGGCUGGCGGGCGAGACGAAAAAAGAGGAGGAGAGGCUGGCGGAGGAGGCCAGGAAGAAAGCGAAGUUCCUCCCGGACAUCAGCUGCUCGUUCUUCGACAUCCUCUUCCGUCCAAUCGAGAGCAAGAUGGACACCGUCCUGGGGAGCACCUUCGAUCCUUUAGAUCGUCGAUAUAUCACCUGGUGUUCCGUGGUAGCGGUGGCGCUCAACUACAACAUUUGGUUUUGCACCGCCCGGAUGGUCUUCCCGUACCAUAACGAAACCAACAACCCCUACUGGAUAUUAUGUGACGUUCUUAGCGACCUAGUGAAUGUUAUUGACAUCGUCAUUUGGUCGCCCCGACUACAGUUCGUCAAAGGCGGAGACGUUGUUACAGACGGACCUACGGCUAAGGCACAUUAUCGGAGUUCACAGCGUUUUAAGAUUGAUCUCUUUAGCAUCCUCCCCUUUGACCUUCUGUGCCUGCACUUUGAAUUCUCCUCCAUAUACAGACUCAACCGCUUUUUCAGGAUCGAGUCCUUCUUUGAAUUCAGCGAUCGUCUUGAGAGUAUCAUGGCCAAGGCCUACAUCUGGAGAGUGAUUCGCACCACAGGGUACCUGCUCUUUGCCCUCCAUCUCAACAGCUGUGCGUACUAUAUUGCCUCAAUCCACCAGGGUCUUAAGUCGACCACAUGGGUGUAUGAUGGAAUGGGCACUGCGUACAUUCGUUGUUACUACUUUGCCGUCCGCAGUCUAAUCAACAUCGGUGGUCUUCCAGAGCCUGUCACCACCUUUGAGAUUACCUUUCAGAUGGCCAACUUUUUCAUUGGUGUCUUUGUGUUCUCCAGUUUAAUUGGACAGAUGAGAGAUGUCAUAGGAGCAGCAACAGCAGGAAAGACAUAUUUCCGGGCAUCGAUGGACGGCUGUGUUGACUACAUGAACACCUACUCGAUCCCCAAAUAUUGCCAGAACAGAAUCCGGACCUGGUACAACUACACCUGGGCAGCUCAGGGCAUGCUAGAUGAGUCUGAGCUGCUGGACAAGAUGCCUCUGGUGAUGAGAACUGCCAUCGCUGUCGACGUCAACCUGUCAACCUUCCAGAAGAUUGCACUGUUUCAGGGCUGCGACCAGCAGAUGUUGGUGGACAUGUUGCUGAGGCUCAAGUCAAUCAUCUAUCUACCUGGAGACUUUGUUGUGAAGAAAGGGGACAUCGGUAAAGAGAUGUACAUCAUCAAAGGUGGAGCGGUGCAGGUGGUGGGAGGACCUGACAACAGUAUUGUGUUUGUCACACUGAAGGCUGGCAGCGUGUUUGGGGAAAUCAGUUUACUACAGUCUGCCAAAGAUGGAGGAAACAGGCGCACAGCUAACGUGAAAGCGCAUGGCUUCGCUAACCUUUUUGUCCUGGAGAAGAAAGACUUGUUUGACAUCCUCAUCCACUACCCAGCGUCUCAGAAAGUGUUGGCCAGGAAGGGAAGGAAACUGAUUAAAGCCAAAGGCCCUGCAGGUGCUAAAACCGAAGAGGUAAAGCCGAAAGGUCUAGCUCUGUUUGGACCAAAACCACCAACACCCAAGCUACUGUCAGUCAUGGCCAAAUUCCGCAAAGGAUCCUUGGCAAAAAAAGGAGUAGAAAUGAGAGUGGGAUGCUGAGGAGUGCCACCACUUCAAAUCUGUAUCAUUUUAUAUAUCACAUUGUCUACUGAAAGACUCACAAGAAGACAGAAUCUGUAAUUAUAAUCCAAUAAUAUUCACCUUGUUAACUUUUGUAGAUUCCUUAAUAGUUACAUUUAACCUAAUCAGUGCCAGCAGCCAAAUCUGCAGGUUAAUGUUAUGUUUAAAGAAUUCAUGUUGAUUGUAAAGUGUGCGUUAUUUUUUGAAAGGUAAAGUUAAGAUGUUUACAAUAAAGAGUACCACCUAA